GUGUCUUGUGUGUGCAGUUGUGCUUGUGCAUUCCUUGCGAUUCCUUGUUUAGAUUGAAAUUGAAUGAACAAUUAAAAGUAUUUACGCAUAAAAAAUUCGUCAUGUUUGCACAAAAAGGAGUGGAGCUGGUACAAGAACUGGAAAGAGCAAGAGAUUUCCUUCCACCAUUCAAUGAAGAUGGAGUCCGUCAGGUACUCGAGGAAAUGAGAGCUUUGUUUGAAGAAAAUCAAAGAGAUGCGAGCUCUGCUGUUGCUGGAGAAUCGGAAUACAUAACUUCAGUACACAUCCGACACUGUGCACUGGAAAGAAACAAAAGAUGCCUGAUGGCCUACCUUUACAAUAGACUUGAACGUAUAAAAGAACACCGCUGGCAUUUUGGCUCUGUCCUUCCAUCAGAUAUCAAGGCUAACAUUUGUGAGCCUGAAGCUCAGUUCUUUAUUAAAUAUAGUAAAUCCCUUGCUGCAUAUAUGAAAUCUAUUGGUGAAGGAAGUUACUCACUUGAUCUAACACAGAACUUGAAACCACCAAAGAAUCUCUACAUUCAAGUUAAAUGCAUUACUGAAUUUGGAGAGUUUGAAACUGAGGAUGGGGAUAUUGUUGUAUUGAAGAAAAAUAGCUUGCAUCUCUUACCUCGUGUUCAGUGUGAGUUGCUUAUUGCUCAAGGAAUUCUUGAGCAUGUUUCAUGAUUUUUUAUUAAUCUUUAUUGAUUACAGAAUAAAAUAAUGUACAGUA